CCGCCGGCCGGUCCCGCCGAUGGCACCGCGCUGCCACCACCAAGGAGGAAGGUGCUGACCCGGUGCCCUGAAGCUCUGGCUUCUCACAGGCUCAGCAGAACGAUGCCAGCAGUCCGAGAGCCCCGUGUGCCCCUCGCUGUGCCAAUGUGACCUGUGGCACUGAGCCUGCUGCCUGGCACGUGUGGCACUGAGCCUGGUGGCCCCCACCACGUCCCUGCUGCCCGAAGAUGAGUGAUGGCAUGUGGAUCUCGCUCAGCCCCGCCGAGUUUGCCCAACUCCAGCAGUACACGGACUACUCCACCAAGAAGCUCAAGGAUGUUCUGGAGGAGUUCAAUGGGGACGGUGUCCUCUCGAGGUACAACCCCGAACAGCCCAUCGACUACGAGGGCUUCUGCCUCUUCAUGAAGACCUACCUGGAGGCAGAUGUGCCCGAGGAGCUUUGCCAGCACCUCUUCACUUCCUUCAAGCGUAAGAUCUGCCAAGCCUCCCCCGAGAGCCAGCACCAGAGCCCCGGUGUGGCUCAGCACAGCACCCUGGGGAUCAACGGGAAAAGCCUCCGAAGUGCUCUGGGACGACACACUCCCGAGCCCAAGAGCUGCCACAGCAACACAGCUGAGCCACAGCCAGCAUCCCUCACCCUGGCAUCCAUCCCCAAUGCCUCCCCCAGCUGGUCCAGAUCAUCCUCCCAGAAAUCCACCACUGGCACCACUUCUGCUCACAACUCCUCAGGCUCUUCCAAGAUCUCCUCCGUGUCUCUGCUCAACCCUCAGUCACCAGGCACGAGGAACACGGAGAAGAGGUUACCCUUCAGCCUGAGGAAAGGCCCCAGCUCCCUGAAAACCACCCCACCUCCUCCUCCCACCCCCGUGGCCCAGGUGGUCCACCUGAAGGACAUUGUCUGCUACCUGUCCCUGCUGGAGAGGGGACGAGCAGAGGACAAGCUGGAGUUUAUGUUUCGCCUCUACGAUACUGAUGGAAAUGGUGUUCUGGACAGCUCGGAGCUGGAUCGUAUCAUCAACCAGAUGGUGCACGUGGCUGAGUACCUGGAGUGGGACUCCACCGAGCUGAAGCCUAUCUUGAAGGCUAUGAUGGAAGAGAUCGAUUACAACCACGAUGGGACUGUGACUCUGGAGGAGUGGAUCCGGGGGGGCAUGACCACCAUCCCCUUGCUGGUCCUCCUGGGGAUGGAGACAAAUGUAAAAGAUGAUGGUCAGCAUGCCUGGAGGCUGAAGCACUUCAAGAAACCUGCCUACUGCAACUUCUGCCGCACCAUGCUGCUGGGGGUCCGCAAGCAGGGCCUCUGCUGCUCCUUCUGCAAGUACACAGUCCAUGAGAGGUGUGUGUCCAAAGACAUUGCUGCCUGCAUCAGCACCUACGUUAAAUCCAAGAGGAACACGAGUGUGAUGCAGCACACCUGGAUCGAGGGCAAUUCACCUGCCAAGUGUGACAGAUGUCACAAGAGCAUCAAGUGCUACCAGGGCAUCACUGGCCUGCACUGUGUCUGGUGCCAAAUCACGCUCCACAACAAGUGUGCCUCCCAUGUGAAGCCAGAGUGUGAUGGGGGCCCUCUGCGGGACCACAUCUUGCUCCCAUCCUAUAUCUGCCCAGUUGUCCUGGACAGGCAGUCCCACUGCCGACGGUCAGAGAGCGACUCCCCUGCCAGCACCAGCCCCGAGGACAGCCAGGGCUUCAAGUUCAACUCCACCACAGUGGAUGGGCAAGGGCUGCAGGUAGGUUCCUGCACAGGGCUGCAGGUGAGCUCUGCCACUGAACCCAGCAGUAGGCAGGAAUUCCCAGCUGUGUUUUCUGCCCUGCAGAUCAGCCCUCAGCCCGGGACACACCCGCUGCUCGUGUUUGUGAACCCCAAGAGUGGAGGAAGGCAAGGGGAGAGGGUCCUCCGGAAGUUUCACUACCUGCUCAACCCACGCCAGGUGUACAACCUGGACCGCGGCGGGCCCACGCCAGGGCUGAACUUCUUUCGGGACACUCCAGAUUUCCGUGUGCUGGCCUGUGGAGGGGACGGCACGGUGGGUUGGAUCCUGGACUGCAUAGAUAAGGCAAACCUGGUGAAGCACCCACCGGUGGCCGUCCUGCCUCUGGGAACGGGCAAUGACCUGGCACGGUGCCUGCGCUGGGGAGGAGGCUAUGAAGGAGGCAACCUGAUGAAGGUCCUGAAAGACAUAGAGCACAGCACAGAGGUGAUGCUGGACCGCUGGCACAUCGACAUCAUUCCUACUGACAGGGAGGCCAAUGGAGAUCCUGUCCCAUCCACUAUCAUCAACAACUACUUCUCCAUUGGGGUGGAUGCCUCCAUCGCCCACCGCUUCCACAUCAUGCGAGAAAAACACCCUGAGAAAUUCAACAGCAGGAUGAAGAACAAGCUGUGGUACUUUGAAUUCGGGACGUCAGAGACCUUUGCAGCCACCUGCAAGAAGCUCCAUGAUUAUGUUGAGGUUGAGUGCGAUGGGACCGUGCUGGACCUGAGCACCACAUCCCUGGAGGGCAUCGCUGUCCUCAACAUCCCCAGCAUGUACGGGGGCUCCAACCUGUGGGGAGAGACCAAGAAGCAGCGUGGGUACAACCGGCUGGGCAAGAAGGCACCGGAGAAAGUGCCUGGCACGGUGGUCACCGAUGCCAAGGAGCUGAAGUUCUGUGUGCAGGACCUCAGUGACCAUCUGCUGGAGGUGGUGGGGCUGGAAGGAGCCAUGGAAAUGGGGCAGAUCUACACGGGGCUGAAGAGUGCAGGCAAGAGACUGGCCCAGUGUUCCUCUGUCAUCAUCAGGACGUCCAAGCUGCUGCCCAUGCAGGUGGAUGGGGAGCCCUGGAUGCAGCCAUCCUGCACCGUCAAAAUUACACAUAAAAGCCAGGUGCCCAUGCUGCUGGGGCCCCCCCAGAAGAGCAGCUUCUUUUUCCUGAAGAGGAGAAACCGAACUCGGGAUUAAAGCAUUGUCCAAGGAUCCAGAGCCUGGAGGCACUCAGCAUCCCAGGCACCUGCCUGAUGCAGGGGUCCCCAAAUCCCCAUCCUGCAGAGGGGACAGAAACUCCCCCUUCAAGCCCAGUGGGGAUUAUUUAUCCUGGGAAGGUCUUUUAGGCUCCUUCCUGAUCACCAGAAGCCUCCUCUCAAGCUGGGAUGGAAGAAGGGGGAUAAGGCAGGCUGCCAUGCAGCGAGCACAUUUGCUGGAGCAGCACUAGGACUGGGAUUAUUUCCCCCCCCUUUAUUUAAAUACCCUCCAGCCAAGCUGCCAGUGAAUGUGCUCCUGAGGCAGCACAAAGCUCCACUUAUUUAUUUAUCAUCCUCCUGAAGACCACUUGAUGUCUCUCUGCACUGGCUUUUUCCCCCCAGUCCUUGCAAUGGGAGGAAUUAUUUAUUUCCUUAGCCUAGAGAAGCCAUCUCAGCCACUCACCUCUGUGCUGUGGGGUUUAAGAGAGAUGCAAAGAACCAUUGCUGCCAGCCCAGUGAACCAUGAGACAGGCUGGGGACAGACAGUACACAGGGACAAGCGUGGGGUGGAUGGGAGGAGACUGUGUUUUUACAGGGAAAUGGCAAAAAAGGGAUUUUGGGGGGAGCAGCCCCAGCUCUGGGCUUUGUGUUCAUAUUUAUGUAUUUAUUCAGCGAACUUUGGACAAAAAAGGGACCCUGGGGGUCACCUUUUUUGGAGCCCAGAUUGGACACAGACACCACCUCCCUUCUCUGCUGGCUGUCCUCCAUGGCACCUCCUUCCACACGGACUUUCCUCUCUCCUAAAGCCUGCCAUCCUGCACUGGGGCCUGGAGACUGGGGACAAACAUCCAGAAGCUCUUCUCACUUGAAAGUGUCCCCAGCACCUUUUACACAUCUCCUGAUGUGUUCUGCCAGGCUGGUGCUCUCCCUGUGUGACAGGUGCUGCCUCUGAUGCUCCUGGGCUGCAGGGAGUGGGGCUGAGGGAUUGCACCUCGUUUUCUCUAUGGCCAGCUCUCCCCACAAGCCUCUCCAAACCUGAGAAGCCUCACAGAUGCUGCUGCCUGCAUGACUGCUGGGGCCCUCUGGGAUGCACAGGCAGGUUUUGGUGGCAUCACCCAUGGAUGGACAGAUCAGGGGAUGCAGCUUCUCUCCAGGAUGCACAGGGACCAGAAAACAGAUGAAUGCCUGGAGUUCGUGGUGGUCUGAAUGUACUCCCAGGAGCCAGGAGUUGGCAAGACUGGCCCAUGGGAAGGAGUGCUGGUUGCUUCUGCAGUCACCCAGUGCAUCCAGCAGUGGGCCUGCAUGAAGGAUACAACCACAUCCUAAAUUACCCCUGCUCCCAGGCAGCUCCCUUGGGGCUGGUGGAGGCUCCUAUGCUGCUGGGAGCAAACUGGGAGUGCUGUGUGCCCAGUGGAUGUCACUGCAGGCAGGAAAACUGUUGCUUGUCCCCACUGCCACAGGGCUGGGACCAGUCACCCUGUCCUCCCCAGUUUCCCAGUGUCCACUCAGUCCCUCCUGAUGCUGCAGGUCUCCACUCAAUAGCAUUCCCCUGGCAGAGGGUGCUGCCAUCACCAUGUCAGAGUGAACCGUGAGCUGGAAGGGA